AUGUCGGUCCGCCUCCUCCCCUCCCUUCGCGGCACUCUGCGGUCCCCUAUUCUGCGCGCUCCAGCCCUCGCGCACGCAUACUCCACCCCCUCCACCCCCUCUCCCGCUACCCGCGAUCCAGCCCACCCACACCUCUACUACCACCCCUACGCUCAACGUAUCGCCCUCUCCUUCCUCCCCAACCCUCCGCCCACAAAGUCAUCGACGGUGAUCGGCUCGCUUCCCGCCACCCCCGAAGCUGGUUUGAGCGACUUUGAAGAGAAUCCCGCAUUCAGGAUUGUCCUGCAUGCGGCUAUUAAGGAUGGGUUGGAGAAGGGGGCUGACGAGCGGAUUAUGUAUGAGGCGGAGAUGAGGCCGGGGGAUGGGUAUAUGACCCUUACGGACGAACGCGCCGUGCCGCCCCAAGGACGGAUCGGCGAGACUGAGGACCUCAUCGGCAGCGUGUUCGUGAAGGACGGCAAGAUCGUCGCGUCGACGUACGAGCCGUUCCCGAGUUACCGCCUCGUUACGUCCAACGGCGUGCUCACCCUCUCCGACGGACUCGACAAGCACGUCCUCGCGUUCCUUGAGAAGAUGGAUGUCGAGGAGCAGGCCGAGCAGCGGGCCGACGAGGGAAAGGAGGCCAAGGAGGCAAAGUAG